AAUAAUUAAACAGCUUCUAUGUACAAUAAAUUAUUGAUGUUUAUUACUGAUUUCUAUGUGGGACGAUUUAUUCAUUACAAUCUCGAGAUUUUUGCAACCUUCAAAGGUCAUUAACACGAAUAAAAUGUGUUAUUCACGUGGAUUUUCGAUAUGUUUGGUUUAUUUGUGAAUUCGUACCCAACUUGAACGGUGUGUCAAACUGGAGCUGAUGAAAUUUCUUACGUAGGUACCCGAUGGAUGUGGACGAAGUCGAUGGUGGUUGUUUCGGAAAACCACAGAAAAUCUAUCUUAAAAGUGAUGAAAAUUACUACAAAGAUGAUGAAGAAUUAAGGUACAUAGUUGGCCAAGUUGGACAGUAUAGAAAUACAACAAGAAAUUCAGUUCAAAAUAAUAAUGUGGUGGAUCAAUAUUAUAAAAUGAACAACCAAUAUCGAGGACAUGCUUUAAUUUUCAAUCAUUAUAAAUUUAAAGCUGGAAAGUUUAAAGAAAGGAAUGGUACUCACAAAGAUAAUGAGAGGAUAAAAAAGACAUUACUCAGUCUAAACUUUGAGGUUGAUGAAUUUCGGGAUUUGGAUUACAAGUAUAUUCAAGAACAUGUGAAAAGUGCUGCUUCAAAGAAUUAUGAUGACAAGGAUUGUGUAGUGGUAGUAAUACUUUCCCAUGGAGAUCCAAAUAUAGUUUAUGCAAAUGACCAGCCAUAUAAUCCAAAAAGCCUAUGGUCGAAAUUUUGUCCGCUCAAAAAUCCUACUCUUAAAGGGAAACCAGUAAUAUUUAUUAUAAAUGCUUGCCAGGGAUCCAAAUAUGAUCAUGGGAUUUAUUUCACUGAAACAAAGUCAAAUUAUACUGACUCCAAUUUUAAUGAAUCUGAAAUUGAUACAAAACCCUUGUCAAAAGAAGAUAUGUCCCAUAUGGAAAUACCUGACCAAAGUGAUCUACUGCUGAUUUAUUCAACAGCACCAGGAUAUUAUUCAUGGCGUUCUCCAGACACUGGUUCCUGGUUUAUUCAAACAUUUUGCGAGAUUUUGGACGAACUUAAGUAUAAAGAAGACCUACUAACAAUUUUGACUAUUGUUAUUUGUCGCGUUGCAUAUGAUUAUGAGAGUAGGGGACUUGUAACAGGUAAAAAACAAGUACCAUGUUUUUUUAGUAAAUUAACAAAGUUGUUGAAAUUUGAAGAAAGUGAUGAAAUUGAAAAUAAAUGCUGUGUUAACUAAA